AUGGCCGCGCACGCGCCGCACUCGGUCACCAGCCCUAGACUGGCCGCGCCGCUUCUCACCCCGGCGGCGACCGCGCCGAGCCUACGCCGCGCGAGGUGCCCGCGCGGCUACCUCGUCAACCAGCGGCGGCGGAUGCGCCACCUCCUCACUGCCGCUGCGGCCGCAAAGCCCGGAGCCAUUGGGAGCGCCGCGGAGGCAGCUGAGGCGCCGGCGGAGGGUCUCGCGAGGUCGCUGCAGGGGGUGGAGGUGUUCGACCUGAGCGGGAAGGCGGUGCCCGUCGUUGAUCUGUGGAAGGACAGGAAGGCCGUGGUUGCGUUCGCCCGCCAUUUUGGGUGUGUCCUGUGCCGGAAGAGGGCCGACCUUCUCGCGGCUAAGCAGGAUGCAAUGGAAGCUGCUGGAGUUUCUCUUGUUUUAAUUGGACCAGGCACUGUUGAACAGGCAAAGGCAUUUUCUGAUCAAACCAAAUUCAAAGGAGAAGUAUAUGCGGAUCCAGAUUACUCAUCAUAUAGGGCUCUAGAAUUCGCCAAUGGCUUGUUCUCAACAUUUACUCCAUCGGCGGGCCUGAAGAUUAUACAGCUGUAUAGGGAAGGAUACAGGCAGGACUGGGAACUUUCAUUUGAAAAGAACACCAGGACAAAGGGUGGAUGGUAUCAAGGGGGGCUCCUUGUUGCAGGCACAGGCAUCAACAACAUCUCCUACAUCCACAAGGACAAAGAAGCUGGAGAUGACCCUGAAAUGGAGGAUGUUUUGAAAGCUUGCUGUUCCUAG